AUGCAUAACGUAGCGAUGGAAAGCGCUGGCAGUGCGUCACCGUCGAAGGGUCAGAUCAUACCGACGCCAACAUAUACGCAGCCAUACUGGCGUAGCGAGCGCCAUUGGGUCGACGACUAUCGCAGCACGGAUGCAUUGCCUGAGGAAUGCGAUGUCGCUAUCAUAGGCAGUGGUAUGUCAGGCGUGGCAACAACUUAUCAUAUGUGCAAGCUCGCGAGCAACAACAAACCACGCUUCGUCAUCUUAGAAGCACGGGAGGCCUGUUCGGGUGCAACGGGGCGCAAUGGUGGUCAUAGCAAGAUCCAGGUCAACUCCAGCCUCGCAUUGAUUCAAAAGCAUGGCUUGGAGCCUGCAGAGACACUCAUCGCAUUCAUUCGUGCUCAAGUUGGCGCACUAAAGAAGGUCGUUGACGAGGAGAAGCUUGACUGCGAGUUCGAGCUCCGACGAAGCUUUGAUGUCUUCUGCAAUGAGGCCGAAGCGAAGGCAGCAUGUGACGGUUACGCGGCUAGCAGACAGGCGGGACAGCUGUGGACAGAGCAGGUCCAUAUGCUGGACAAAGAGCAUAUUGAACAGCUCUUGGGUGGCUUAUGUGAACGUGGUCAGAUCAACUUGCAGACAAGCACGCCGGUGGUUCGUGUUGAGCAUGAUAAAGUCAGCAACGUUUUGCACACGGCAAGAGGGAAUAUUCGGGCCAAGAAGGUGGUGUUCGCCACAAAUGGCUAUACCAGCGGAAUUUGCCCGAUUUUCGAGGACCGCGUCGUGCCGUACAAGGGCACAGCGUGCCAUAUCAAGCCUAGAAGCCCAGUCUCGCCUCACCUAGCCAAUACAUACAACAUCCGGUACGCGCCAGGGUCUCGAGUCGACUACUUGAAUCCACGCCCGGACUCAGGGAUCGUCGUGGGGGGCGGCAAAUGGACGUUUGAGCAUAAUCGCAAUGCGUGGUACAACAACUGGGACGACUCGACUCAGCUUCCUGAAGUCAUGCCGCAUUUUGAGAACCUGAUUCAGCAAAGUUUCUUGGGCUGGGAGGACAGCGCUGCACAGGUAGAUAUGGUCUGGACCGGCAUCAUGGCAUGUACGCCUGAUGAGAUGCCGCACGUCGGUCCAGUCCCUGGUUCGGAUGGCGGGCAGUAUGUGAUAGCCGGCUUCAACGGGGGUGGCAUGUCCCAUAUCUUCCUCGCGGCUGAAGGUCUCGCAAUGAUGCUGGUCAACGACAUCCCCUUCGCAGAGACGGGCCUGCCGAAGCAGCUGGAGAGCACGGUGGAGCGUCUACGGCAUCGAGACUCGCAAUGA